UGGUCAUAUCACCCCUACCUUGCACUAGUUCUGUGUGUCCAGCAGCGAAGCCCUCCUUUACACGACUACUUUGUUAAUUGGCAACAGGCGCUUCACCAAAAUGCUGGCCACCAAGACCUGCCCCGCCGUCUCCACCCGCGCCGCUGCCACGCGCUUCGGCCCGCGCCCCGUCGUCCUGCCACAGCGCCGCCGUGUGGCCGCUGCCGCCGGUGACACCAACCUUUUCCUCAACCUCAUCGGCAGCGGCCUGGCCGGCGCCGCAGUCGCCGCCGUGACCACCUACACCUCGGAGAACAAGGACAAGGAGAUCGAGCGCAUCCAAACCGUGGACGGCGCGCUGCCCAUCGGCGCCGCCAUCGUCGCCGAUGCCGUCCUGCACUCCCUGCCCGGCCUCAACAUCCUCUUCUCCCUGCUCGCGGAGCCCGCUGGCGCCGCCGCCGGCGUGGCCUACAUGAUGACCCUCAUUCUCUCCGCUCCCUCCGUCGACCCCACCACGCUCGCGCCCGAGGGCACUGUCCUCAACGCCAAGAAGGCCGCUGACAGCCGAGCUGCCAUCCGCGUGCCCUUCACCCGCCUCAUCCCCACCGCCAUCAAGGUGGUCGACACCACCAACGACGCCAGCAGCGGCGCCGGCUGGACCAUCGGCGAGAACGGGCUGCCCAAGCUGCCCAUCAACUCGGUGCUCAUUG